UCGCCGUGAAAAGCCAACGAGCCGGACGUCUCGUUAUUCACAAUCAAUCUGUCUUCAGUAUCAGAAGUAGUGCCAUCCGUUACCAACCUUGUCUCUAAAUGUGGUAUUUCUAUGGAAACAUUUUGUAUAGUAUUGUGUUCUAAGUUCGUGUGUUUGGUUUAACGGAAAGAAAAUAAGCGGACAGGAAACAGGUUUAAUCAUGCCCGAGAUAGCAACAAUAUCGUACCCCGAGUCGAAAAAAAAUGAUGAAGCUAACUCUUCACACGGCAAUGGCAACGGUGUCGUACAGCUCAAUGCAUCCCAGCCCGAAAACGCAGCCCAAAAUCGCCCUGAGUGGUCGAACAAGCUCGAAUUUCUUAUGUCAUGUAUUUCAAUGUCCGUUGGUCUAGGAAAUGUGUGGCGUUUCCCGUUUACCGCGUAUGAAAAUGGGGGUGGAGCGUUUUUAAUUCCCUACCUCAUCGUGUUGUUUGUCAUAGGACGCCCGUUAUAUUACCUGGAAAUGGCUCUGGGACAAUUUACAAGCAGAAGCUCGGUGAAAAUUUGGGAGGUUUCGCCACUGUUCAAAGGAAUCGGCAUUGGGCAACUUGUCGGCACUACUUCUGUGGUUAGCUACUACGUUUCGUUGAUUGCACUUACUCUGCAUUACAUUUUUGCAUCGUUUGCAUCCGAAUUACCGUGGGCCACUUGUAAAGAUAAUUGGGCUGAUAAUUGUGUAGACUCAUCACUGGUUGUCAAUGAAAUGCGGGAUAGCAACAGUACAUCCGGACAGAAAGUGAGCAGUUCUCAAAUAUAUUUCCUAGAUAUAGUGCUCAAAGAAAAAGACAGCAUCGACGACGGUAUAGGGGCUCCCGAUUGGAAGCUUACGCUUUGGCUGUUGCUGGCUUGGGUGGUUAUCUUCUUAGUGCUCGUGCGUGGCGUGAAAAGCUCUGGAAAGGUAGCCUACUUUUUGGCGAUUUUCCCAUAUGUUGUGCUUAUCAUCAUUUUAGUUCGUGCACUUACGCUUGAAGGAGCCGUCGACGGAGUAAUCUUUUUCAUCAAACCACAGUGGGGCGAAUUACUUAAUCCUAAGGUGUGGAAGGAAGCAGUGGUUCAGUGCUUUUUCUCACUAGCAGUUGGAAUGGGACCGGUCAUAAUGUAUUCAUCAUAUAACAAUUUUAAACACAACUCCUAUAGAGAUGCAAUGAUCGUGACAACCCUGGACACAUUUACUAGUUUAUUAGGAGGCAUGACAAUUUUCAGCAUAUUAGGAAAUCUCGCUCACAAUCUUGGAAUUGAAGACAUUUCCAAAGUGGUCAAAAGUGGCACAGGCUUAGCAUUUAUCUCAUAUCCCGAUGCCAUCGCUAAAUUUGACAUUGUACCACAGCUGUUUUCCGUGUUAUUCUUCUUCAUGUUGUUUGUGUUGGGCGUAGGCUCGGCAGUAGCCUUACAUGGAGCAAUAAUAACUGCAUUUUGGGAUGCCUUCCCAAAGCGAAAAUAUUGGCAUCUGGCACUUAUUUUAUCCACGAUUGGAUUCUGCACAGGAUUGGUGUAUAUUACACCUGGUGGCCAAUGGAUACUCGAUCUGGUCGAUCACUACGGAGGUACUUUUCUGAUCUACGUUCUAGCCAUCAUUGAAAUGGUUGCAAUCUUUUGGAUUUAUGGAUUGGAUAACUGGUGCAACGAUAUUGAAUUCAUGGUGCAACGUCGAGUGGGACUCUACUGGCGGCUAUGUUGGGGUCUUAUAACGCCACUUUUCAUGAUUGCCGUUUUCAUCUAUUCACUGGUUGAAUACAAAUGGCCCACAUACAGUGGCCAGCAGUAUCCGGGCGAAGCUUUAAUUUGCGGCAUUUUCGUUUUUAUUUUCGGUAUACUGCAAGUGCUAAUUUGGGCUGUUUGGACUGUGACAGGAGAUUCUACAAAGGAGUCAGUAUGGGGCAAAAUCACGAAGGCGGCUAAGCCAAGUUCACAAUGGGGUCCGUGUACAGAACACACACGAAAAGCCUGGCUAAAAUACAAAGAGGAAGCUAAAUCGAGGCGAGACGAUAUAAUUUAUGCCAAAAAUCAUUCGUCGAUUGUCAGGAAAUUGUGUGUGUUGUUCGGAAUGUACGAUGAUUUUAUACAGCUAGAUAGUACCAGGCUUUGACGUGAGUAUAUUUGACGCAUAUUGAAUGGAAAAUUUGAAAUACGUAUAUCGCUGUUACAAAAGAACGUGUUUAAUAAACCACCUAUUCACUUUUUCAUAUUUUUACCAAAUAAAAUUGAAUGAACUUUGUAAAAA